AUGUUGAGAAUAAUAUUAACUUUAUUUUUUGAGUUAUCUUAUUAAUAGGACUCAAAAAUAUAUUGCAAUAAGGAUGAAGUGUUUUAUCUAGGAUAAUAAUUGAUUCCUUUCUCCUAUUAAAAUGGAACCUUAGUUGAAAACUAAAUGUAAAAUCAAGAGAUUUUGCAAUUAAUUGGAAGAGUAUCAAUCUAGCAUUUAUUUGAUAACAAGGAAUUGGUUUUAAAAUAAUUUCAAUAAAACGAAUUAUAGUUAAUUUUUUGGGAUGAUGAUCAUUAUUUAUGUAAAUAUAUUGUUAUGAAUCUGAAUUUUGAAAACAGCUAUUUAAGAAUUCAUGAAGAGAUAGUAGUAGAUUAAGUUACCUUCUAAUUGCCACUUUGCACAAAAUUUCUUGGUAUGUACUCUAUCAAAGAAUAAAUAUUUAUUUUAUGUGAAUAGGAAUUCUUUAUUUAGCUCUUUGUUUUAGAAAGGGAUAAAGGUAGUUCGGAACUCAGAAUAGCAACUACUUCACAAGUGGAUAAAAAAUAAAAUUGCUAAUCUUAAAUAAAAUUUGAAUAGGAUCUUUAUUUAGCUUUUCUAAAUUGCUAGGAUUGGGUUAUUUAUGUAGUAAGAAAUGGCACUUUUGAAAUAUUUAUUUAAUUGGAAUAGUUAAAUAACAGAGUUUUAAAGUCAUUUUCCAUUUAAUAAGACAUUUUACUUUAAUUUGAUUAUGAAAUAUAUCAAAUUACCACGUUUAAUGAAGGAUGGUUUUAUAGUAACCAAUCACGAUAAAUCUAAUCUUAUUUUCGUCAUCAUCAAUAGCACGCAAUUUUUUUUAAAGGUGAAAAUAAAUUUGAGCUAUCAAAUGUUGGUUUUAAUUGGAUUUUGUUUAUUACUUGUGAAGAAACUCCAAAAUAAGUCGUGCAUUUAGAAGAUAAGUUAAUCAUAAAUUAUGGUGAUUAUUUAUAAGUGUUAGAAACAAUAGAUAAUUAACUUAUUUUACCGAUUUCAGUAGAUUAUUUGAGCAAUGAACUAUUCAAUUAUCCAAUUAUAUAUGCUUUUUAUCAAAAUGAAAUAAUGAUCUUGAAAAAAAAUAUUCCAAAUCCCACUAUUUAAUGUAAUGAAUUUAAGAAAGCUGAUUAUGUUUUCUACACAUAUAAUUAUUUGUUUUAAAGAAACGCAGUAAUCAAAUCAUAGUUGGUUACUGAGAAUCAAAGUUUACAGAGAUUUUACAUUAAAUCCUUUUCGAGAAAUAUGACCUUUUAAUUUAAGAUAUACAAACCUUUUAUUUUUAUCGGAGAUUACUCCUAUAAAAAGGAUGUUGAUAAUCAAACUAACUUUAGUUGUUAAUAAAAUCUUGAAUAAUUAUUUAGCUGUGAGAAUAUUUUGGAUAGCAAUAUAAUUUGGUCAAAAUCAAAGCACAAUAAGGAAUUAUAUAUUCUAUUUUAGAAUUCAAAAAAGAAAUUAAUUAUUAAAAAUUGUAAUAAAAAUCUGGAGACCGAACUUGGAUAAUAUGAAAAUUUUGAAACACAUAAUAUCUAUGAAUUUUCAAAUGUAUUCCUUCUAAUUUUUAAAUAAUAAACAAAGGUUUUAUUGAUAUAUUGCCAAUCUGAUUAUUAUGAGUAAAUGAUAGUAGAAUCAAAAGAUCAAAUAAUCAAUGUCGUCUAUGAAAAUUUUUUUGUACAUCUAAUUUCAAAAACAUGUACUUAGUACAUCAUCAUAGGCAAGUAACUGUUUCUACAUUAAUUGAAUUAAUACAUAUUAUUGGAUGGAGAAUGCAUAAGAGCUGAACUUUUCAAAGACUUUUUGGUUUAUGUUCACAAGGGAUCAAUUAUUAUGAUUAAGAAUAAUAUUACUAAUACAAUAACAAUUGAAAAUGCUUAUAUACUUAAUAUUUAUAGGAUAUCCUCUAUGCAAGAUUGCUUAAUAAUUCAUUUAAAAAAUUAGGAUGAGGAAUAUUUGAGUAAAUAGCUUUUGAUAAAUAACAGAUUAAUAAAGCUUUACGACAUUCCAAAACUAAAUUUUAAAUAUUCAUCUCCUAUGAUUUCUAAGAUAUAUAAAUUUGUUUUAAUUUUGGCUGCAUAUAAUAGAUCUNAUAAAUCUAAUCUUAUUUUCGUCAUCAUCAAUAGCACGCAAUUUUUUUUAAAGGUGAAAAUAAAUUUGAGCUAUCAAAUGUUGGUUUUAAUUGGAUUUUGUUUAUUACUUGUGAAGAAACUCCAAAAUAAGUCGUGCAUUUAGAAGAUAAGUUAAUCAUAAAUUAUGGUGAUUAUUUAUAAGUGUUAGAAACAAUAGAUAAUUAACUUAUUUUACCGAUUUCAGUAGAUUAUUUGAGCAAUGAACUAUUCAAUUAUCCAAUUAUAUAUGCUUUUUAUCAAAAUGAAAUAAUGAUCUUGAAAAAAAAUAUUCCAAAUCCCACUAUUUAAUGUAAUGAAUUUAAGAAAGCUGAUUAUGUUUUCUACACAUAUAAUUAUUUGUUUUAAAGAAACGCAGUAAUCAAAUCAUAGUUGGUUACUGAGAAUCAAAGUUUACAGAGAUUUUACAUUAAAUCCUUUUCGAGAAAUAUGACCUUUUAAUUUAAGAUAUACAAACCUUUUAUUUUUAUCGGAGAUUACUCCUAUAAAAAGGAUGUUGAUAAUCAAACUAACUUUAGUUGUUAAUAAAAUCUUGAAUAAUUAUUUAGCUGUGAGAAUAUUUUGGAUAGCAAUAUAAUUUGGUCAAAAUCAAAGCACAAUAAGGAAUUAUAUAUUCUAUUUUAGAAUUCAAAAAAGAAAUUAAUUAUUAAAAAUUGUAAUAAAAAUCUGGAGACCGAACUUGGAUAAUAUGAAAAUUUUGAAACACAUAAUAUCUAUGAAUUUUCAAAUGUAUUCCUUCUAAUUUUUAAAUAAUAAACAAAGGUUUUAUUGAUAUAUUGCCAAUCUGAUUAUUAUGAGUAAAUGAUAGUAGAAUCAAAAGAUCAAAUAAUCAAUGUCGUCUAUGAAAAUUUUUUUGUACAUCUAAUUUCAAAAACAUGUACUUAGUACAUCAUCAUAGGCAAGUAACUGUUUCUACAUUAAUUGAAUUAAUACAUAUUAUUGGAUGGAGAAUGCAUAAGAGCUGAACUUUUCAAAGACUUUUUGGUUUAUGUUCACAAGGGAUCAAUUAUUAUGAUUAAGAAUAAUAUUACUAAUACAAUAACAAUUGAAAAUGCUUAUAUACUUAAUAUUUAUAGGAUAUCCUCUAUGCAAGAUUGCUUAAUAAUUCAUUUAAAAAAUUAGGAUGAGGAAUAUUUGAGUAAAUAGCUUUUGAUAAAUAACAGAUUAAUAAAGCUUUACGACAUUCCAAAACUAAAUUUUAAAUAUUCAUCUCCUAUGAUUUCUAAGAUAUAUAAAUUUGUUUUAAUUUUGGCUGCAUAUAAUAGAUCUGGUAAUCAAGUACUUUUAGUUUAUUGUAUUAAUAGCAAUUAUUAAAAUCUAUUAAUCGAUAUUAUUUAAGUUGAUAACUUUAAUUUCGAUCUAUCAAAUGAAUAUUUAAUGACAUACUAAUUUGAUAAUGAGAUUAAAAUGAUAAAUAUUAAAGUAGAUCAAUUUAUUUGUAAGAUAAGUCCAUUCCCUGAAUUUAUUAAGAUUAUAGAAUUUCCCUUAAAUUCAUUGUAUAAGACUGAUCUUUCUAAUUAUUAAUUAUCAACUGUAAAUUUAACCCUGUACAACAUCGAUAAGAUUUUAUAACCUAAAUAAUAAUAAUUAUUAUUGGCAAUUCCACAUUAAUUUGAGAUGUAAGAGUCAGUAUUCCAGUUAGACCCUAGAUUAUAUAUAAUUGGACCUAUUGAUUAAAUUAAUGCUACUGGGUUAAUCAUAACUGAUCCAUUUUAAAAGUAAGGUCAAAUUUCACAACUGUAAUGUGAAUAAAUUAGAAAUUAAGUUUGUAUAAAUUAUGGAAAUAAUCUAUUAAUUUUCAAUCCCUUUUCAGUUUAAGAAAUAAUAACUCCAACAUUCUAAAUUUCUGAAGAAAUUAACAAUGUAAUAAAAUUUUAAGAUCUAAUUUUUGUAUUAAUCAAAAAUGAAUAUCUAACUACAAUUUAAGUUUACAAUACUCGUGAGUAAUCUUCAUUUUAAGUACCAAUCCCAUAGAAAUGCAUUGUAUAAGUGCAAAUGUAAAUUCUUCUAAAUUUAUGCAUUUUACUAUGCCCCUAGAUUUUAUAUUUUUACAAGAUACAUACUGAUUCUUUGGAACCAUUUUCCGAACUUUAAACUUAAUAUAUGUAAUGCUAUACAACUGAAAUCGCCAAUGCUAAUUAAACAUUUUUAUAUUUAGUUUCCGAGACUUCGAUCAAUUAAUUUUCUCUUAUAACAAUUUAUGAUGAUGUUUAUCAUGAUUAUUCAAAUAGAACAAAAAUGCAGGUAUUUUAGAUUCCAUAAGAACAUCCAGGAAUUUCUGCAAUCAAAAACAUCACUUAAGUUAGUGAUAANUUUUUUGUACAUCUAAUUUCAAAAACAUGUACUUAGUACAUCAUCAUAGGCAAGUAACUGUUUCUACAUUAAUUGAAUUAAUACAUAUUAUUGGAUGGAGAAUGCAUAAGAGCUGAACUUUUCAAAGACUUUUUGGUUUAUGUUCACAAGGGAUCAAUUAUUAUGAUUAAGAAUAAUAUUACUAAUACAAUAACAAUUGAAAAUGCUUAUAUACUUAAUAUUUAUAGGAUAUCCUCUAUGCAAGAUUGCUUAAUAAUUCAUUUAAAAAAUUAGGAUGAGGAAUAUUUGAGUAAAUAGCUUUUGAUAAAUAACAGAUUAAUAAAGCUUUACGACAUUCCAAAACUAAAUUUUAAAUAUUCAUCUCCUAUGAUUUCUAAGAUAUAUAAAUUUGUUUUAAUUUUGGCUGCAUAUAAUAGAUCUGGUAAUCAAGUACUUUUAGUUUAUUGUAUUAAUAGCAAUUAUUAAAAUCUAUUAAUCGAUAUUAUUUAAGUUGAUAACUUUAAUUUCGAUCUAUCAAAUGAAUAUUUAAUGACAUACUAAUUUGAUAAUGAGAUUAAAAUGAUAAAUAUUAAAGUAGAUCAAUUUAUUUGUAAGAUAAGUCCAUUCCCUGAAUUUAUUAAGAUUAUAGAAUUUCCCUUAAAUUCAUUGUAUAAGACUGAUCUUUCUAAUUAUUAAUUAUCAACUGUAAAUUUAACCCUGUACAACAUCGAUAAGAUUUUAUAACCUAAAUAAUAAUAAUUAUUAUUGGCAAUUCCACAUUAAUUUGAGAUGUAAGAGUCAGUAUUCCAGUUAGACCCUAGAUUAUAUAUAAUUGGACCUAUUGAUUAAAUUAAUGCUACUGGGUUAAUCAUAACUGAUCCAUUUUAAAAGUAAGGUCAAAUUUCACAACUGUAAUGUGAAUAAAUUAGAAAUUAAGUUUGUAUAAAUUAUGGAAAUAAUCUAUUAAUUUUCAAUCCCUUUUCAGUUUAAGAAAUAAUAACUCCAACAUUCUAAAUUUCUGAAGAAAUUAACAAUGUAAUAAAAUUUUAAGAUCUAAUUUUUGUAUUAAUCAAAAAUGAAUAUCUAACUACAAUUUAAGUUUACAAUACUCGUGAGUAAUCUUCAUUUUAAGUACCAAUCCCAUAGAAAUGCAUUGUAUAAGUGCAAAUGUAAAUUCUUCUAAAUUUAUGCAUUUUACUAUGCCCCUAGAUUUUAUAUUUUUACAAGAUACAUACUGAUUCUUUGGAACCAUUUUCCGAACUUUAAACUUAAUAUAUGUAAUGCUAUACAACUGAAAUCGCCAAUGCUAAUUAAACAUUUUUAUAUUUAGUUUCCGAGACUUCGAUCAAUUAAUUUUCUCUUAUAACAAUUUAUGAUGAUGUUUAUCAUGAUUAUUCAAAUAGAACAAAAAUGCAGGUAUUUUAGAUUCCAUAAGAACAUCCAGGAAUUUCUGCAAUCAAAAACAUCACUUAAGUUAGUGAUAAUUAUUAUGAGAUGCGGAUUUUGAGUUAAAAGAUAGAAGGACUUUUCUAUUAUUCUUAAGCCUUUUUUGAUGCUAACGAUAAUAGAGUAAUAUUACAGAAUGAUAUUGCACUUAUUAGAUACUUUCAUUUUCACACAAAUAAAAAUAAAAUGCAUUUUAUAGGUAAAGAUAUUAUUAUGCUACAUGUUAUUGAUUCCAAUAAUACUACAUAUUAUAUAUAUAAUGUCUCCAACGCAUUCAACCUAAAAGAACUAGAUUAUAUCCAUAGUUUUGAAUUAGAUGAUACAUACUCAAUAUUGCCCUACGAUGAUUAACAUAUUAUUAAGGAAUCAAAAACAUCUUUGGAAUACACUUUAUAUAAAAUAGUCCCUUAUGAAUUAAGGAUGAAAGGAGGAAAUUAAGACAAAAUGAUUAUUGAAUUUAAAAAUUCAGUAUCUUCACUAGAAAUUUAAAUAAACAGGAAGACACCUAAAAAUUACUAUGCUUAAGGUAUUGUGAUAUUUUUUGCAAUAUUAAUUUGUUUCCUUUUGAAAUGUUUGAAAAGGAACAAACAUGUACAUUCGAAGAAAUCAAAAGAAACAGAAUUAUGA